AUGUUCUUCUCCACCCUCAUCCCCGCCGCACUGUGUGCGGUGAGUGUCUCGGCGGCGCUGUCGCCGCCAGUCCUCCACCAGCAAAACAUGGUCGACCGGGCUGAGGUCCAGCUGCACUCUUCGUCCGACUCCGAGGCGGGGCCGUGCGGAGAGAAGCCGACGGAGACCACGUUCGUCAACACCGGCGCCUGCUACCCGCUCGACUCGCGCGCCGUUUCCGUCAACCCUCUUGAGGACCGCGACUGCGAGUACCACCUCUUCACCGGCUCGUCUGACUGCGACGCCGAUGGCUCGUUGCUGACCAAGACGUCGCUGCUCGCCGGCGGCGAGGCAUCGUGCGUCGAGACUGGCAUCGAAGACGAGGAAAACGACGAAGCGAGCGCCAUGCUGGUGUGCAGCUCCACGGUCAAGCCUGACUUGAAGCGUCGCCAAUUCCCCGGUGACCGCAACCCAUUCGGCCUGCCGCCUUUCAACCCCGACCCAUUCAACGAUGACCCAUUCCCCGACCCGUUCAACCCCGACCCAUUUGGACCGCAUGAGCCUAACAAUCCUUUUGGCCUGCCGCCGUUCAAUCCCAACCCAUUUGGACCGCAUCAACCCAACGACCCAUUUGGCUUCCCGUUCCCUCCAUUCAGGCCGCCUCCUCCGAUCCCGACCGUUUUUUAG